UUCGCCAGUAACGCUGUUGGCCGGCGGGUCCAAGCUCGCCAUCAUCUCACAAACUUUUCACUUUCAGGAUGCCCUCUGAGGCGCGCGCGCGAAUUGGCGAGCGACGAUCAUACGACGGUGCGCUUUGCACUGUCCGGUACGUUGGUGAAGUCGCGGGCACGACGGGCUCGUGGUUGGGCGUGGAGUGGGAUGACCCCUCGCGGGGAAAACACGACGGCCAACACAACGGCGUCCGCUACUUUUCGUGCAGAUCCAAGUCCGCGACAGCCGCAUCAUUCGUGCGCCCCACGCGACCGACAGAUGUACCCCAGACCUUCCUCGCAGCGCUGCAGCUCAAGUACGCCACCGAUCCGACUGCAGGCCAGAACCCGCCCCGGCAGAUCGUCUUCUCGGGCAAGGUAGCCGAGGAGGUCGGUUUUGAGAAGGUCCGCCACAAGCAGGCCCAGCUCGACGAGCUGCAGUUCGUCAUUCUGGAUGGCGCCCAGAUCGCCUAUGCAUCGCCUCCUCCCGGGGGGGCUGUCGACGGCGCGAAGGGUGGGCAGCAGUCCAUCGGCCAAGUCUGCCCGAAAGUCAAGGAGUUGGACUUGAGCCGGAACCUUUUUGAGCGCUUCGGGCCCGUUGUGGACAUUUGCUCCGAGUUGCGCCUGUUGAGAAGCUUGAGAGCUAAUGGCAACCGGUUUCAACAUGUGCUGGAAGAUGAAAGACUGGCAUCGGCUGGUGACGCAUUCAACGGCGUGACGGAGUUUGCUUUGGAGGACACACUUCUCGACUGGAACGAGAUAUGCCACAUUGCGGCCAAGUUCCCGUCCCUGGCCACGCUCCACGCCGGCUCGAAUCAACUCCCGAGCCUCACGCCGGUCGCCCCCGCUCCCUUUACCUCCACCCUUGUCUCUUUGCACCUUGAGUACAACGACUUCUCCUCUCUCGCCGACCUUGCCCCCCUCUCGGCGAUCCCUAGCCUCCGCAACCUCCUCCUCAAAGGCAACCGAAUAUCCCACAUCACCCCUCCCUCAUCCGCCUCUGCCACCUCGCCUCCCAACUUCCCUCCCUCCCUCCAUUACCUCGACAUCUCCUACAACCAAAUCGCCUCCUGGUCCUUCGUCGAUGCCCUCCCGCACUCCUUCCCUGGCCUUACCUCUCUCCGCUUCACCCACAACCCCAUCUACGACGACCCCGACCUCGACGACGACGGCGCUCCCACCUCGCUCGCCGCACCCACCACCACUACCACCCAACGAAAAGGCGUCGCCAAGACGGACGAAGCCUACAUGCUCGUCGUCGCCCGCAUGCCCGCGCUCAGGACGCUCAACUUCAGCGCCGUCACGCCCGCCGACCGCGCCGACGCCGAGAUGUUCUACCUCUCGCGCAUCGCCCGCCAGCUGGCCGCCGUGCCCGAGGCCGCCGAGCCCGCCGUGCUGGCACGCCACCGCCGCUGGGCCGAGCUGUGCGCCGCCUACGGCGAGCCGCCCGUCGUGCGCCGCGGCCGCGUCGACCCGAACUUCCUCGAGGCGAGGCUGAUCACGGUGGAGUUCCACUACCCUGGCGGUGGCGCGCAGCAGAAGAGCGUUGUUGUGCAGGUGCCCAAGUCGUUUGAUAUCUAUGCUGUCAAGGGGCUCGCGGGGAGGUUGUUUGGUUUGCCGCCGCUGGGGCUGCGGUUGGUGUGGGAAACGGGGGAGUGGGAUCCCGUCGGCGGGUUUGAUGAGGCAGAUGGGGAGAGUGAGGUGGAAGAGGAGGACCUGGAGGCUGAGUGGGAGCGGCGGGGCGAAGCGGGAGAGCCGGUUGGGGAGGCCAUGGAGGGGAAAACUAAGGCUGGCAGGUGGGUGAAGCGUGAGGUGGAGCUGAAGGAUGGGCCCCGUCAGCUUGGAUACUGCGUGGAUGGGCUGGAGGCGAGGAUUAGGGUGGAGAGACGGUGAAAGUUUGUAUGAGGAGUUUGGAUAGCGGCAACGGUGAACUGUUUGUUUCUGUUUGCCCAUGGUUGUUGGUGAAAUCGAGGUGCUUGUUGAGUUGGUUUGGACUCCGAAUGGAAACUCGAAAGCAGGUUUGUCCAUCAAUCCCAUUCAAGACGUC